AUGGGUGAUGAUGGUUGUUUAGCACCGCCAAGUACCAAUGUCUUUGCCAUACCCAAUGAACCAGAUCUCUUGCUGGAAUAUGAGCUCUAUAAGACCUCGAUGGGAACCAAGCGGCUGCCCAGUGAAUGCCACCGGGAAGUCUAUGCUGAAGAAUUCAUCGAGAAUGAUCGGCUCGGGACUUUGGCGGAUCUGUGUGUCCGUGCAUUGGCCAAACUAGGCACCAGAUAUAUUGCACCACCUGUAAAACAGGAUCCGCUAAAAUUACGCAUACACUAUGAUUCCCUGGAUGUAAAUCUGCCUCUUGAGGAGUGCUACUUUGUGGAGGAUUUGCGUUUCUGGCGUCGUGUGGUGCUUGCCAAGAGCUCAGACAAUACGCUUCAAUUCAAGAAGAUCGAUGAGUUCGAUUGGCGUGGCAUGGGCAUUAGCUUAAAGUACGUGGAACUGGUAGAAUCCUGUCCAGCUGCCUACUGGCCGGAACAACAUAUGGCUGAACUGGGUCAACUAAUCAGCAAAUAUGUUCGAACACUUCAUAUCAGACAUCUGCAAUCCCUGACGGAUCAUUCAUUUGCUCACUAUGUGGAGAGUGAUCCGGAACUCGAUGUAACUUCAGAUGAAUCGGAGGCCCCAGAUAUAUCCAGUGAUGAAAGUGAAACCCAUGAUGAAGAAGAAAGCGUAGAAGAAGAAGAAAAAGAGAAAGAGAAAAGAUCAUUUAGAAAAAGUGCAAACAGAAAGGAUUCAUCAGUGCGCAUAUCGGAGCUGCCCACUGUGUAUGAAAUCGAUUUAAAGGAGAGUGUAACAGACAUGAGGAGUGAAGUUGAUGUGCGGUAUAAGCGACGCGAAGCACGUUACUCCCGGAAUGCAGCACGUCAGCAAUUACGUGAUUUGCAACUGGAGAAACGAAUGGAGCACGAGAGACGAAAACAGAGUCGAGCUCUGCUGAGGAAGCUGCCUGAACCGGCACCUGUGCUCAGGAAGAAACGGACGAAACUCUCUAGUGUUUUUAACAUGAAAGUGGCCCCGGAACCAGAUGAUGGAGAUGAUAAUAUUGCGGAUAAGCGCAACAAGGAUAAGCUCCUGGAUCGUCUCAAGCGAUACGAUUACCCCGCCAAGCACUGUCACCACAUCAACCUGAGCUUUGUGCGAUACUUUGACAAGCUCAACUCCCUAACGAUUGAGUUCCUGGGUCCCGAGAUGGACCGUGACUAUCACAAGCGACACAUGAACUUCUCUUAUGACGACAUGGUGCAUCUGGCCACGGGAGUUCACAGCUUGCAACAGCUCAAGGUGUUCCGUCUGCGCAACAGUCGCAUGGACUACAUAAAGCUUCUUAUAUUGGCUAGAGCCUUGAAACAGCUGGAUGCACUGGAGGUUGUUGAUUUUGGCUAUGAUCAACUCGAGGAUAACUGUAGUGUGGCAUUGGAAAUGCUCUUGGAUCGUAAGGUCAUGCUGAAGGCACUGGAGUUGGAAUAUAACAAAUUGGAAAGAUUAUCUGUGGAUUCCAUUGGAUUCGCCCUGAAGUGUCAUGCCGAUAACGAGCCAAAUGGGACACCUCUUGAGUAUCUGGGCCUGGCUCACAAUCCAAUGGGGGAUUAUUUCUUAGCUAAUCUGAAUCAAAGCAUUAUUGGUACUCAUCAUGUCCAGGAACUGAACGUAAAAGGCGUUGCGGCUGAGUCCGAAAUUGUGGAACGGGAUAUUAGCCAUCUUUUGCGAAGCCACACUCCCUUACGUUGGCUGAAUAUAGCGGCCAUUCAUCUGAAUCCCAACGAGGGCAGAGAAAUUAUCUGCAGCCUGGAGUCCAACCACAAUAUAACACACUUUGACUGCCGAGAUUGCGAUCUGUGCUCGGAUUACGAAUAUGAAGCGGAUAUCAUAGUUCGUCGCAACAAUUACCAAAAGGAUCAUAAAUCUCUCUCCGGUCCCCUACGAACGGAGGAAGAUAUCCAGGAAUAUCUGGCUAAUCUAAGGAAUCCCAUAGUGAAAAAAAUAGAGGCCGAACGUGCGCGUCUAGCGAAUUGCAUAAAGGAUCAACCAUCCGAAUCGUCAACCGAGUCGAGCAUAAAGGAGGAGGAGCAGGAGGAACAUCAAGAGCAGGAGUUCGACAUUUGGAAAGUGCUGGGUGUCAAGACAUCCCUGGAACAAGAACACGUUGAACAAGAAUCCAGUUUUCACUCCCGUCAAUCCAGUGCCCAAUACGCUUUCGUCUAUAAUCCCAACUUGUUCAACUUGGACCAGGUUCGUGAGCAUAUGCAUCUUCCGGGACCAGGCAAUCGUUUCUAUUACUUCCAGAAACAAUCCGGAGCACUGGAAUAAUUGAUUUUUUUUACAUAAAAAGAACAUCAUUCUUUCAAAAAGACAUUUCUCCUUGUUUAGCACUAUGAUUUAAAAGUUUCAAAAGAAAAUUUGUCAAUUUAAGAGAAACUUGUACACUCUAAAUGAGAAUUUUAACUAGUGAUUCCAAAAAAGAGUUAUAAAUUGAAGAGAAUCAAACCUCUGAUAAACUUUUAUUGGAUG